UUUAUUACAAUAUUUGAAUAUAAACAGUGGAAUUGUGCAGAAUUCCAUGUCACCAGGUAACGCUAUAUAAACAGCUGCGUUUCUGGAUCAGAUCAGAAGAUCAGAGUUUUACGGACCUGCUGAUCCUCACUGCGCUCUACUGCUCUCUUUACCAGCUGCUCCACACCUUCACCCACUGCACCAGUGACUCUACUGGAGUUACUGGUGCUCCACCCAACACCGUACCAACUCAACCUCACCUGCAAUCCACUCCAUCUACAGUUCAUUACACUUCAACAUCAUCCACUUUCAUAUCCACACACUCCAUUCACGUUCACAUUCACACGCACACUCCAUAUACACACACACACACACACACAAACACACACACACACACACACAAACUUCUCCAGUUUUCUCCAACAGGAUCAUCAACAUCAUGGCCAGCUCACCUCGGCCCAUCCAGGACAUCGUUCACCAGGAAGAAGAAAAGAAGACGCUGAAGAGGAGCAGGAAGAGAUCCUCCAUCCAGCUGUCUCCUGCACCUCCUGCAGUGAAGAAGCAGAAGAUCCAGGAGUCUGCAUCUACACGUUACCUGAGGGAUGGAUCAUCAUCGUCCUCCUCCACGGCGGUACCUGCGGGUGCUGUGCUUUGCCAGGCCACGUCUGCUCUCACUCACGAGACGGUGCUGAAGGACGUCUGGUGUGCUGAGCUGCUGGACUUGCUAGGCGAGUUCCUGUGCCGCCGCUGCAGACGCCUGGAAGACUUCACUCCUGAGGUCUCCACGAAGUGGCUGCGCAGCGUGGACAUGGUCCUGGUCAUGGCCAGAGGACACUGGAAGCCCUUCCUCUGCCCGGGCAGCGUGGUCUUCCUCUACAUGGUGUGCCGGGACUCCAUCUCAGCGGAGGUGUCCAGCGAGCACGAGAUGUGUGUUGAGCUGCUCACCUGCUUUUUCGUUGCGUGCUCCUACAUCGGCACUCAGCUCGGCUACCCCGCACGGCCUUUCAUGCUGGAGAGGAACAGGCAGGACUUCUGGGAGCGCACUCUGGACAUCACCAAGCGCAUGAGCCAGAAGAUGCUGCUGAUCAACACCUCUCCGCAGUUCUUCUCCCAGGUCCUCGCUGACCUGAAGAACAGGACAGACGAUUAGAAGAUUGUGAGGAAAGAAGGAAUAACAGGAUAAAUAGAGAAGACAGAAAUAGGUGUGGGACAGUAUAUCAAUAUUGCGAUAUAUCGUAACGAUACGUGGCGUCAAAUAUCGAUAUUUUUAUUAAAACACAGGCGACCCGUCCCCAAAAUUUAGCUUACUAAAGUCAGUACUUUAUUACUCCAUGUGGUGGCGCUAAUCAAAUAAAUAGGGUAAACCUGCGGUAGAAAAUAUUGGUUGGUUGGUGUGAAACUAAUGUGGAAUUCAUUUAAGCUCCUCACCGGUUCUUCGGCACUUCGGUUCUUGGCUGUAUAAAAUUUUCCCAGGAUAUGAAAUUGUUUGCUCUGUUCGUUCACUGUGGAUCUCUGCCUUACUCAACCUGGCUCUACCUUCAGCCUCGUUACGUCAUGUGAUCACAGUCUGCAGCAUGAAGACCUCUCCCCGUUUCUGCAUGCAGGUAAUGCAUGCUGAGUUUGUGUUUAUUCACAAUGUUCCUGCAACUCUUUCGAUGUGUAUAUCGUAAGACUUAUAUGACGAUAAUGAUAACGAUAGGAUUUAUCUUACAGCUCUAAUACAGAUCCAACAACUGUCUAUUUAUUACUAAAUCGCUUACUAGGAAACACUGUUUAGUAUUAGAUUUAAAACCAGUUCAAUGCAGUAUUAGGCAAUGAAUCUAAACAGAUCUGAAGCUAAAAUUAAAAAACAAGUAGGUAAUGACAUCAAAUGUAAAAAAAAAAUAGUAAGACCAAUUAUUAGAAUAAUUAUUAUAAGUUGAUAUUUCAAAUUAAACCACAAUUGCAGGACACUUGGAUAGGACUGGACCAGGCUUAUUUGACAGCUUAUAUUUAGUAUAUAUUAAUCUGUUGUGCUGUCCGGUGUCAACCAGAGGAGGACUGGUUCCCCUUUUGAGUCUUGGUUCCUCUCAAGGUUUCUUCCUCUUUAUCUGGAGAGUUUUUCCUUGCUACUGUCGCCACUGGCUUGCUCAAAAGGGGCUCGGACCCGGACCUAGCUAUUUAGUUUUAUUUUACAUUAAACAGACCAACUAAAAAAGUUUUGUCACGUUUAUAAACUUUAAUUAAUAAUCUUAAUUUAUUUAUAUUGAGGCACUAAAGUAAAGUAACGUAUAAUAAGAUCUCGCUGGAUGUAAAGGAUGCUUCCUCCUCCUCUAUAGUUAAAGAACGCUUGUGGAAAUGGGAACGGCAGCAGCAGGGCCCUCCUCAUGGCAUCUGUCCUGUUUUAGGAAGCAACAGUUCUGUUUAAA